AUGAAGACCAUCAUCACACUUGGAGUGUGUCAAGCAGCUUCUCUUGUGAAUCCUUCCAAUUAUCCCAAAAUUAAUUCAAUUAGUACUGUGGAUGGUUUUUCACUCUAUUUCAAAGUCAAUUCGAGUGAUUCGUCCAUUGUUGAUUUUGCAAUCAUUGUCAAGGGUGCAGCGAAUGGAUGGGCAGGUUUAGGAAUUGAUCCUGGCACUACUGGAAUGACCAAUGCUGACACUGUUAUGGCUCGAUUUGUGAAUAAUAAGAUUGAAAUUGCUGACAUGUUCAUGACAGGUAUUGGAAGUGCUCCUAUUCAAGAUACAAUUGAUAAUUUACUCGAUAAAGAUGGUGGAGUGAGUAAUGGAGAUUUACAUGUGAAAUUUUCUAGAAAGAUCAAUACUGGAGACACGGCACGAGAUAAAAUCAUUCGAAAUGAAACGAUGAAAUUUAGUUAUGCAUUUUCCACAACUUCAAAUUCCUUCUCUUCUGCUCAUGACGGAAAUACGAGAGGAACGUUUACAACUAAUUUAUUGCAAUAUGUGGGAACGAAUACGACCUCAGGAAAUCCAAAUACUCCGAAUAUUAAUUCGACACCAAAUUAUGUCAAUUUCCAUUUAAUUGUGACAGGUGCUGUGUUUUUCACAGUGUUGAGCAUUGGAUUAGUUUUCACAUUUUUACCAAUUAUGGCAAAACCAAAUGCCUUCACGGACUUGUUGUUGUAUCGAAGAUUUUGUCCUCUCAUUAAGAAUCGAUACAUUGGAAGUGUGCUAAACCCAUUACUCGAGUUAACCAUUGGUGAAGUUCUUCUCGUUGUGACGUAUUGGUUAAUAUUAAGCGUUUGGGCUAUUUAUGGAGGUGUCAAUGCGACAAGUUUUCCAGUUGGACGAGCAUUUGCAUAUGUAAAUGUUUGGAAUUUCAGUUUAAUUCUAUUUCCAGUGAGCCGAUAUUCAGUCUUGUUGGCACUUUUUGGAAUUUCAUUUGAACGAGCUGUCAAGUAUCACAAAUGGAUUGGAAGAUCGACCUUCUUUUUUGUGACGUGUCAUUUUAUUGCCAUGUUGGUAGAAAAUGCAGUGUUAGGAAAUGCUGCUUAUUUGUGGUCCAUGAGUUCGAUGAGUUAUCCAUUAUUGGGAUUUAUUGCUUGGUGUUUGUUGGGAAUUUUAGGAUUAAUGACAUUUGAACCUAUUCGAAGAAAAGUUUGGGAAUUAUUUUACUAUUCACAUAUUAUUCUUGCACUGUGUGUGGUAGCUCUCGUUAUUGCUCACGGAAGAGGAUGGGUUAUGACACUUCCAUAUAUGGCAUGUAGUAUUUUACUAUUCUUGUUCGAUUUGAGUUUUCGAUGGAUCUUUGGUUUUGGUGUGCCAACUAAAUUAGUGAGCAUGAAAUACGAUGAACAAGCAAAAGUCACUGUUUUGACCUUCCAAAAACGAUUCAUGACAUUUUUGAAUAUUGGCGCAAAUAUGAAUGCAGGUGGUUUUGUGUUUGUAUACAUUCCUAGAGUGAAUCCAUUCGGUUAUCAUCCAUUCACGAUGAGUAGUUGUAAGAAAUUACAAGAAAAUUCUGUCUAUGAAUUCACUUGUCAUGUUCGAAAUCAUGGAAAGGGAUAUUCGAAACGAUUGGCAGAAUUGGCAAAGAAAAUUGAAAGUGGCAAUGAACGUGCCGAGAAUGUGAGUGUUCGAGUAGAGGGUGUUUAUGGAAAUUUAUCGAUACCUCUUCGUAGCUAUGAAACUGUGGUUUUGAUUGGAGGUGGAAUUGGAGUCACUUUUGUGAAUUCAGUAUUGGAAGGAAUUAUUCAGAGAGAAGAUCACAAAAUUCAAACAGUACAUGUUUGGUGGUCAUUGAGACAACCUGCCAUGAUUGAUUUAUUCCCACUAUUGAGAGACGACGUAAAUGCGUCAAUCAAGAAGCAAUUUUUCAUAACUUCACAACAAACAGAAAUGAGUGAGCAAAAGACUUCUGCUUCAUGUAAUCAUGCAGUGAUGGGCAAGAUGGAUGUGAAAAAGUUAUUAGAAUCCCUCAAACAACAAGACUCGUCCAAGGAGAGAAAUAUUGGAGUGUUUGUUUGUGGAACACAUCAUUUGAUUGUGGAUGUCUUAAAUACUGCUCGAGAAUUGAGUGAUUUCCAAACAAGAUUCCAUGUACACAAAGAAACAUUUGAAUUGUAA